AGUAGAACCCUGCAGCCCCAGUAUACCUGCACCCAAACCUGCGCCCACAGCAUAACCCACAGCAAACGUGCACCCACUACACACCUGCUUAUCUAUCUCAAAUCAGGUGCCGGAAGAAACACAGCAGAGUCCGGUGUUGCAGCAGCUUGUCCAGCGUCCGGUGUUCAGGCGUUAGGUGUCCAGCGUCAGGUGUCCAGCGCCAGGUGUACAAUUCGUGCAACAUGAUCAAGUACAGUCUUCUCAUCAUUGCCUUAGCGGUCGUCCCCACCGCCUGGAUGGUCCAAAAGGACGCCUGUGAACCGGACUGUAGUGGGAAAAAGCAGCUUGAUAAGGUCCCUGACCCUUUGAACUGCACCAAUUAUUACAUCUGUUUAGCUGACAACAUUCCUUCAGACCACUCUGUGCCCUGCCUGAACGGUCAACAUUUUGACCCUGGGGACUCCAAGUGUGAAGAAGGUACAGCCUGUACACCUACCUGUGUGCCUCCAGACUGCCCCAUCACCUGCAACGGCUCCUUCAGCCUCAUCAGUGAUCCAUUCGACUGCGGUACAUACUAUAUUUGUGUUAGUGGUCAAGUGUCAAACGCACUUCACUGUAACCCAGACACCUACUUCAACGGUGAGAACUGCGUCAGUAACAAGGAAGUCUGCUGCACAGUCUCGUGUGAUCCUUAUUGUCACCCCGGGAUCGUGCAGACCCCAGACCCCACAGACUGCACCAAGUACUACAUAUGCACUCAGCCAGGACCAGUGAACCCAAGCUUCCACUUUACUUGUGGUAGCGAACAAUACUUUGACUACCGGAUUGGUCGAUGUGCCGCAGGUACGUCCUGUACCAACUUCUGCUCUGAAGGAUCGUCUACAACAACCACAUCAACAACCACAACAUCGACAACCACAACAUCGACAACCACAACACCGACAACCACAACACCAAACUCAGCAGUAACAACCACAACUCCACGCACUGUUCCACCAAGCACCGACUGCGUAGACUCGCUUACCUGUACGGCUGCUGGCGCCUUCCCAAAGUGCAGCUCUUGUCAGCAGGAAUAUUUCAAGUGUUCGGCCGCUGGUGCUGCGGGUGUCGUCCAAACGUGCAUGGGAAACUAUGUAUUCAACACCGACCCUGGCUACCCUUACUGUAUUCUUCCCACCAACUGUCCUUAUAACCCAUAACUAUUAGUUAUCCCCGCCUCUCUUCUAGCCUGCUCCCCCAUAACUACACCUUACAUGCCCUGCCUCUUCGAACAGUAACAUCCUGGCUAUACAAAUAUCACUGACUCUUGACUUGCUUCCCAUUGUCUUUCCUACCACCUCUAUUCCCUUCAUUCUCUACUAUCUACAUCUACUACUACCGUCCUUACAGUCACCCCACCAUAACAUAGACACUGGUUUGAGGUUGGGCUUGGCGCCUGUCAACUAAGGGAAUGUUACUAAAGCAACAACAUCCUAAUAACUAACCAGCAAGGAUACUUUAAUCCUGAGCAUAGUCCAAGACUAAAGUAACCUCUCAGUGUAUAUACACUGAGGAGCAGGUUACACCUCUCAGUGUAGUGACACUGCCGAAGCUUCAUUUAAAUAAAAAUCCAUCAAUGACAUUCUGGUCGGAACCAGUCCGUGUAAGAAGGAUCUAUGAAUCAUUGAAUAUAUCUGCAUAAUUUAUUGUUAAAAUUCAGGCACAUUAAUUAAAAAAUAAUUUGUAGAGAUUAUAACUUUGAAUUUAACGUAUGAUUUAAACAUAUUUUGUUUGCUAAGAGGCUUAUAAUUUUCGCCUGACAAUUACCUUCCAUUACCUUCAAGAAAGAUGUUCCUAGAUACCUUAAAGUUUGUAUUUUUUGAGAUUGUUUUUAAUAGAAGACUUGAAGAUGGUUUAACAAUACUGUACAAAUGACUUUAUUCACAGUAAAAUCCAGUAAAUCAGUCGUGUUUUCAUUGCUUUUUGCAGAUAAGUUAUGAACUGUAAUAAAUUUAUAUAUUGUGUGGAACCAAAAGUUAAUGUUUUAUUUUGUCUAUUUUUUAAGUUUGUCUAAUAACAAUAAAGGUACAUAACA